GCCUCGGAGUCACAUUGAACGGUGAAAAUUUAGCUAGCUGGCUAGCUAGUCUUGGAAACAAUUAUCUGUCUGCUUGCUGUUUGACGACACAUGAAAAACAAAAAAGAUAAUGUUUCUUUCAAAGGUGGUCGUUAGGCUGAAUGCAAUAUCUGGUGUGCCUGGUGUACUACAGUUCUCACAGUCAGCAGGCGGUGCUGUGAGACGGGUCUGCUCUGCUUUCUCCACACCCCCAUGUGGAAGGGCAAGACACUAUGCCACAUCUCCAUCGGGUAACACACAGCCACCUCAGCAAUGGACAUCUCUUGAAUCGGAGCUGGAGGAGGUCUUGGUGCCCCGAAAGCUCUCAGUGUCCCCCUUAGAGAGUUGGCUCUCUCUGCGCUACUCCCUCCCUCCGCUGCUGGAAGCCCCCCAACAGCCCCUUGAGGAGGGAGAGGUUGAGGGAGAGUCCAAGGUGCUGCCCCCUGCUGUCGACCCGGUACUGGAGGGCAACGAGGGCUCCACUCCUCUCAGCUGCAAGAACGUGCUGGAGAUCCGGCGCAGGAAGAUGAAUAGGCACAAGUACAAGAAGCUGCUGAAACGCACCAAGUUCCUGAGGAGGAGGGUGAAAGAGGGCAGGAGGAAGAGGAAACAGGCUCGUUUUGAGAAAGACCUGAAGAGGAUCUGGAGGCGCGCUGGUCUGAAGGCUGCCCCGGAAGGGUGGACUACACCCAAGAUCUUCAUCAAACAGCAUCGGAGCAAAGGAGACUGAGGCGUGUGCGAAGGACAGGGUCAGACCUCUCUGUACUCAACACACAGACCAAUGUGCUGACGCAGCCUUGAUGCAGAAGGCAGCCACGUCACCAUUCAGUCAUCUCGAGCAUGUGUUAAAGCUACACACAAAUGAUUACGCCCUGAGCAACUCCCAGGAUCAUGUGAUCCAACUGGGUGCUACUUCUACCAAGGGACAAACAGAAAAAGACUAAGAGCUGCCUAUGGACUGGUGUGUAACACACAUGCUCUCUUGAGUUCACUCACUGUAUGUAUAGAAGACCCCAAAUAAACAGUUCCUUUU